GUGACGGUCAUCUUAUCCGUUCAGGUGAACCCUUCAUAAGAUCACGGAAUACACACAACGAUGACCUUAUAUUCCAGCUAUAACAGGUCAUGAGCCCUCGAGAAGACACUUUUAACAGCCAAAAAAUUAAAACAGUAUCGCUUUGGCAAUUUGUUUACCUUAUCCGACUACAGUAGCGACGAGGAAAGCAACUGGCUCUUGAACAGGACCAACAUAUCGAAUCUGCGAACUGUAUCCAACCUUUAACCAUACAAAAGCUUUUUGAGCUUUAAAGAACAGUAGUGUAAACAGUGACAGCCCUACAACAGGCCGACAUAAUAGCGCUCAAAAACCAUAAGGUUUAUCUGCCUCAGGGACGCAGUUGCUGCCGUAACAAAGCAGUACAAUACCUGCUCUCAGCAGCUGGACCGAACCUUCCUCCCCUUCAUCCCACCCAAAAGGCUACUUUCCGCAAAUACUAAGCAGGCGAAAGUCGUCACGGUUUAGCAACAACCGCAGUCGGAUCAGUGUUGGAAGCGAGCCUCUAAUCACGAUGGCGGCCCCUUUGCAAUUUGCCCCGUUCAUCUCAGAGAUCGAGCUGUCGUUCUACUCGGCGCUCUUUGGCUCAAAGCUUGAGCAUGACAAGCUCGACGACUCAGCGCGGAGCAUUCUUGGCCUCUAUGAACCCCGCUUGGAAGAACCAGAGUCCAGCUGCCGCAUGCAGAUAUUAGGAAAUGCCCUCACGAGCAGCAGAACUAAUGCGCCCAGUCCCCCUCUUGGGACAAUGAGGGCCGAGGGAAUCAUUAGGAACGUCAAUACACUCGAGGAUUUCAAGAAUACAGACAAACCUGCUAUGCUCAAGACUGCGGGCCGACAGAUCUGGGAUGCGAUCAAAGAUGGUAGUAUCUACUCUGUUCCAUCCCUGCUCUCGUCAUUCAUCAUACUUUCAUACGCGGACCUGAAAAAGUACAAGUUUACGUACUGGUUCGCUUUCCCUGCUCUGCACUCUGAUCCUUCGUGGAAGCGAUCCGGUCCAGCCGAACGGCUCAACUCCAAGGAGAGCACGGCACUUGUUGACAGGGUAGGAACUUGGAGGUACAGUGUCGACUCCCGCGAGCAUGGCUUCUUUUUGGUCAAGAAGGUACACGGUGAAGUUCAGGAUACGGAUGAUCCGGAUUCUUCCCAGGGACUUCCUUUUCGAUGGGAAGUUGCCUCGCUGCGAGAGUUUGAGAAUGGUUUCUUCGACCAGGUGGCUGAGGAAGACCGCUAUGUUGCGUUUGUUGACCCUUCGACGUACCCAGAAGGUCCUGGAUGGCCCCUGAGAAAUUUCCUGGUCCUUAUCCGACAAAGGUUUCAUCUGACAAAGACCAAAGUAAUCUGCUACAGAGAUAUCCAGGCAAAGAGACACGAAGCCCGCAGUGUCAUUCUUCCAAUCGAGAUGGAUCCAGUCGAGAACUUAGAGAUCACUGAAAUGCCCAAGGUUACUGGCUGGGCACGGUCGAGUAACGGCAAACUCCAGGCACAACAAGUCAACCUAGGAGAGUAUAUGGAUCCUGCACGACAAGCUGACGGCUCUGUCGACCUGAACUUAAAGCUCAUGAAAUGGAGGAUCGCCCCUGAACUCGACUUAGAUGCUAUUAAGAACACGAAGUGCCUGCUACUUGGCGCUGGUACGCUGGGAAGUUAUGUCUCAAGAAACCUUAUGGGUUGGGGCGUCCGGAAGAUAACGUUUGUGGAUUAUGGGCGAGUGUCAUUUUCCAACCCUGUCCGACAGCCACUGUUCAACUUCCAAGACUGUCUUGAAGGAGGAAAACCAAAAGCACAUCGAGCUGCUGAAGCAUUGAAAGAAAUCUACCCAGGGAUAGAUAGUGAAGGACACAGGCUGUUCGUUCCUAUGCUCGGUCACCCUUAUAUAGACGAGUCGAAGACAAGGGAGGAAUACGAAAAGCUGGAGAAGCUUAUCGACGAACACGAUGCCAUUUUCCUCCUCAUGGAUUCAAGAGAGUCACGAUGGCUGCCAACGGUCAUGGGAAAGGCCAAAGGAAAGAUUGUCAUGAACGCCGCCCUGGGUUUCGAUUCGUAUGUUGUUAUGCGGCAUGGUUCUGAAAGCCAUGCCGAGGGGCAGACACCGCUUGGCUGCUAUUUCUGCAACGACGUCGUGGCCCCAGCUGAUUCUCAAAAGGACCAGACCCUGGACCAGCAAUGUACUGUUACUCGACCCGGUGUUGCAGCGAUUGCGUCUGCCCUUCUUGUCGAACUUCUGACAAGCUUGUUACAACAUCCACUGGGUAAAGAUGCACCAGCACCACAGCCAACUCCUGGAGUGGUUCCAGAGCGAGACCCACCUGAGCAUCCUCUGGGGUUGGUUCCGCAUCAGAUAAGGGGCUAUGUGUCGACAUUUCAGAACAUUGUUAUCCGCGGUCAAUCUUACGACUGCUGCAGCGCAUGCAGCCCCAAGAUUCUUGAUGCCUACCGCAAUGAUGGAUGGGGUUUUGUAAAGAAAGCACUGCAAGAGAAGGACUACGUGGCAGAGCUAUCGGGUCUGGCCGAAGUUCAGCGAAGAGCAGAGGAGAUGGCUGCCCAGGUUGACUGGGAAGAGGAUGACGACCUUGUCGAAGAUGGUGAUGGAGAGCUAAUUUAGAGUAUAUACUAGUCUAAAGGCCUACUAAGUCUAUACUAAAUUUGCCUAAGUUUACUAAGUUUACCUAAAUGUUUUUGUUACUUAGGAUAGAAUUUAGAAGUUUUCUUGCCUAUAUCAGAGACAGCAUUGAGAAUCGUGCGAUGUCUGAAGAGACUAGUUCUAUGAAACCAGGAAUAUUCGAUGGACAAACCCCAACACGUGAUAGUUAUGGACAAUGACGUGGUGCCAUAUCUUGAAACGCAUCGUAAUAUAGGUUAGUGGGGAAAGUCGAAGAGAAUCGAAGAAAUAGAGGAGUUGGUAUCAGUGUCGGCGUCGGCGUACCUAGUCUUCUAGUAGCUGCUUUUAUUGUAGGACGGCUGACAGGUUCAAAGAAUGUGUAGAAGCGGUCAUGUCAUAAAUCUGUUGAGGAGUAUAAUUCGGAGUAUAACUCGGCGUAUUUGGAAGGUUCAUGAGAUAUUGCCAGGGAGUCGUUCCAUUUAAGAUAGAGCUCUCAAGGAUAGCGAUCGCUAAAGUACCCCAUAUCGUUGAUGCCUGGGGAUGAUUAGUGUAUGUGAUGUAACCUGAAUAUCAAGCGGGGUGUUUAGGAUGAAAAGCGAAUAUUGGAGGUAAUGUACAGUAAUCACAAGAGAAAGAAGCUUUGAAGUUAUAACAUAUGGAAUUAUAUAGUUCUAGAAAUUUAUCAUAUGUAGUCGUAGAUGGGUUGCUUUAAGCACCCUUCCUGCAAUGCACCUCAACGCCUUUCCAUGCUAUUUACCAGUGACUGUGCAUUGUCACAACAAUUGGUCCCAAUAUCCAGGUAUCCAUGCGUGCAUGUGUUUAUCGAGUAGUGGUACCGUCGAGUCUUGCUCAGUCGAAGUCUAUCCAACAGAUUGGGUGUUUCUGUAUAUCUAUCCUUUACAGUCUACCGUCGAAGGCAUACUGGGCAGCGAGGGGCCAGCCGAGGAUGACAGCGAAGCCAGGGAAGAAGCUGAGAGAUUGUUAGUUGAUAUUGGCAAAGUCUUGGGUGACAGAGCAACUUACAAGAGAGCUUGGCUUCCAACUCGCUUGAACAUCUUGGCGUAGUCGGGCUUAGCGGGCUGCUGAGUGAUGGGAAGACGCUCGAAUGGGUGAGACUCCAUGGCUCGGCCAGCGUUUCGCAUAGCAGUGAGGAGAGAGAAUUGGCGGCGCUGAACAGCGCGGGCGGCAGAUCGAACAACGAUGGGAGACAUGUUUGAUUGAUUUUAAGGAGUCGGGUUGGUGUAAGUGGUUGGUUGAGUUGAGUUGUUUUUGAGAUGAAUCGAUUUCAAGUUGUCCUUAGAGGAAACCCAGUAGUAAUAUACUCAAAGAAUUGAAUUGAGUGGUGAAGAUGUUUGUUGAGUGGGGAGUUGUUAUUGCUCUGAUGAUGCUGAUGAUGAUGAGAGAAGAGACUAUCUUUGGGAACGGUAGAUGACAUCCUCUUAUACAGAAUUGAGAUGCCGAUCUUUUUCACUAAAGAUCACAAAUUUGGUCAAGGAUUCCUUCAAACGGCGACCUCCCAGAACCCGUGCAGCCGGAUACAUCCAUUGUGGUCAGAUUUCAUCUGGUUUGGCGACCAUCAUGCCACUGUAGAGACCUGGAUCCUGGGGUAUUAGAGGGUGUUUUGACAGCUGGCCAAUCAUUUU